UGACUCUGUGUGUUUCUUCUCUGAGGUGUUGACACAAACCACCGCCUGGUGAUGGGGACGGUGGGAGAAUCGGUGAUGUUGCUUUGCCCACUGCCCUCUAAUGGCCCUAAAUAUAAACUUGUCAACGUCACGUGGGUGAGGAAGGAGCCGUACAGCCACCUGGUGACCUUCAGACAGGAGGGUGGUUCCUGGAAUAGGACGGAGGGUGAUGAGCGGUGUGAGCUGAGGGGGAGCGCGGCUGAUGGGGACAUCACACUGACAGUGAGCCGCCUGGUAACAGAGGACAACGGCAUCUACCUGUGUCUCGUGGAGGCUGAGAAGGAGAACAAGAGACUCGUGAUCCAGCGGGAGAUCAGGCUCCAGGUUCAGAGCUCUCCAGGUCUGGCUGCCAUCUACAUUCUGUGGCUGAUACCGGCGGUUAAAUGUCUCUUUCUGUUGGUGAUGGGGAUCAUUCUCGUCUGUAACACAAGAGAUCGUACAAGAUCACAAGAGCUUCAGGUGAAGGAGAACAUCUGAUAACAGAGAUCCUUCCUUCCAGUAACCCUCAGGCUGCCAUCUCCCAUUACAGCAUUGACCUCAACAGCGACCCUUACACAGCACAAUCCUGGAGGGUUACAGGCUCCUCGGUGUCCUUCCUCCCCUCCUACAUGCUCACACACUCCCAACCUCCCUGCUCUACACUGUACUGCGCCAAACCUCAGGCCAGCCAUGUGGUCAAGGCCUCAGGCCUCUUUGUUCCUCUCACACGGCCUACAGACACGAUGCACUGCUCUCAUACUGUCAGUUUAUUGACCACUCACAGCCUCCAGCCCACAGACCUGUCACAGCCUCCAGC